AUGAAUAGUUCUCCAUGUUCUGAGUUUUCAUUUGAUAGUAAUUGGCCACCAUUGUUCCUCAACACUCACGAUGUUGAGGAACAAAAAAUGAUUUCUUCGGAGAAAUCAGCAUCCUCCAAAGAAAUCAAGAGUGAAAAAGUUCAAGAACUUCCCAAUAAAGAGGAAAAUCACUACAUUGGAGUUCGAAAACGGCCAUGGGGAAAAUUUGCAGCUGAAAUUAGGGAUUCGUCUAGAAAUGGAAUUAGGGUUUGGCUUGGAACUUUUGAUACCGCUGAAGAAGCUGCUUUGGCUUAUGACCAAGCUGCCCUCUCGAUACGCGGUCCUUCCACGUGCCUUAAUUUUCCUGUGGAAAGGGUUCAAGAAUCGUUACGAGGAUUCAAGUGUAGUGGCAAAGAGGGUUCAUCUCAAGUUGAAGCUAUAAAGGAGAAACACAAGAAGAGACAUACUAAAGGUAAAAGAAAACAAACUAAGGAAGAAAAUGUUCUUGUUUUUGAAGACUUAGGAUCAGAUCUAUUAGAUGAGCUCUUAUCUGAGUGUUCUACUUCUCAAUAA